AUGGCGACUGCUGCCAAGAUGGCGGCCAUGUUUGCAUCUUCCGUUACAAGCGGUUUAGCUAGUCAUGAUGAGUCUAUCUCACGCCAAGCCAUCACCAACGCAGACAUGUUCCUGAAGUCUUCGAAGAAUGGGCAGACCUCCCCACCCACCCCAACACCCGCCCUCGCCGCCCACCAGCCGGCCCACCAGCCGGCCCACGCCGCCCACAAACCACCCCACGCAAGCUCUCUUAUCUCUCACAACCGCGACGAAAACAAACGACUCGAGGCUGGAUUCCACCCAAAUCCGGCUCCCCGUGACGUCACGAAGACGGUGGAUCCACUGGGCUGCACGAACGUCAACAAGGUCGUAGGGUGCAUGACCAGAUGGAACAAGACCCUCAUCAAUCGCAGUGCAGUGGCGCAGCGAGGGUUAAGUGAUGUCAGUAUUGUGGUUGCCUUUACAGCUGACCAAUGCGCCUGGGAUAGGGAUGUCGACUUCUCAGAGAAUCCUCCUAUCAUUUUCGAUGAAUCCUUCGAGAUAGUCCGGCCGGUUCUGGAGGAUAACUACAGGAUGGUCAGGGUGACGGCGGGCAGUAAGCUGAUACUAGAUUGCCCGGGGACUAAUAUCACCAGCCUGGCGGUGACGACGGUGGAGGCCACCUGUGAUGGAGGUCGCAACCUCUGGAUCGACGACAAGACGUGGGAGAUGAAGGACCUGGGCUGCACUGCAGAGGCUGCCGCAACCAUUCGUAGGAACACAGGAUCCUGCGGCUCUGAAGACAUCGGCGUGAUCCACAUCAUCGGUUUCGAAAUUCUCGGAAUUCUCGGCCCGGAGAGCUUCUACGAGCUGAUACGAGUGUGUUUCGACCCAACGAGCGAAACGACGCUGUACUCACAGAACGUGAUCAAAGGGCGAAACAUCGCCGCCAAGGACGUGGAUCCCAACCGCCCCGACUUCAAGACCUCCUCAGGUUUCUUCACCGUGUCCAUGAGCUCCGUGUACUCCCAGAACUCCCAGCUCAAUCUGAUGACUGAGCUCCUUGGAGACUCUGAUCUGGCCAACCAGACCAUCAACGUAAGCAAGGAAUUUUACUUCGCCAAGGGCCACUUGGCCCCCGACGCCGACUUCGUGACGGUGCCAGAGCAGGAUGCCACCUACUUCUACAUCAACGCGGUGCCACAGUGGCAGGCCUUUAAUAAUGGCAACUGGAAGUACCUGGAGUUCGCGACCCGUGACCUGGCAGAGAGCCACGGUGACCUGACCAUCUUCAGCGGGGGUUGGGGGGUGUUACAACUCAACGACAUCAACAACAACAUCGUUGAGAUCUAUCUGGGUCUAUCUGAGGACCAGAAGGUCGUACCCGCCCCUGCUGUCACCUGGAAGGUGAUACACGACGAGGCUCGGCAACAGGCAGUGGCUGUGGUAGGUGUGAACAACCCUCACCUGACCACAGCACCCACCAGGCUGUGUGACGACCUCUGUGACCGCCUCACAUGGAUCAACUUCGACAUCAGCGACCUCGUUCAUGGCUUCACCUAUUGCUGUACCGUCGACGAUCUCCGUCAGGCAGUUCCUCACGUCCCCGACUUGGGCGACGUUGAACUCCUGACGGAAUGAGAGUGCUUCUAGACUCACUUGCCGCGAGUUCAAUCCCCAUCCAACCAUGAUGUUUUUAAGUGCUUCUACUUUCGAUUUACUGUACAUUUCGCUGUCGUAUGUGGAUAACAUGUUUACUUGGAAUAUAUAAACAUAUUUGGAGAGAAAAAUUGAAUGAUGUUAGGGUCAGGGAGGGAGGAGAACCUUCUGCUUCUCUCUCCUCGACUCUUACGCCUGGAUAAUCAUGACAGUUCUUUAAUCUAGGUAGAAGGAAAUAACCUCGGUAAGGACAUCCACGAUGUCUGCCACCCGUCUCUCCCUUGUACACACACACACACACACACCACACACACACACACAC